AACUUCUCUUUUUGCUAUGUAUUUAUUUUUAGCAGAUGAACUUGUUAAUUGGACUACUCAGCAAUGCAAUUGAAGAAAAUAAUAAUAGAGUCUCAUAUUUGAUGCAAAAGGCAGAGAUUUUGGCUGAGAUUGAGUUAUUUUACCUAUUACCAUAUCAGAGACGUUGGCAAACAUGGUUUCCUGAAGUAAUACAUUACUAUGCCGAUGUUGAUAAGACUCGAAUAGAAAUUAAAAGAUUGAUUAAAGAAGGUGAAUGGGAUACUAAGGAAUUCACAGAGAUGCGGGAAAAAUUAUUAGAAGAACUUCAAAUUAAACAUAAUCCUAUUGACAAUGAGCUAAUGUUGGAGAAAUUAAAAUCUAACGAUGAUAAAUUAGAUAAUUUAAAAGAAGAAAUUAGAGAAAUUAGAAAAACUUUGCAAAACUUUAAAAUUGGAACCAUAUCAUGA